AUGGGUGGUACGGAUGAGCUGAUGCCGGAAGGCGUCCACCACUACGACGAAUCGUCAGAAAUGCCCGAGAACAUCCAGAAAUACUGGCACCAACGCUAUGAUAUCUGGUCGCGUUAUGAUGAAGGCAUCUGGAUGACCGAUGAUGUUUGGUUUGGUGUUACUCCCGAGCCGAUAGCCAACCGCAUAGCUGACCACAUCAAGACCGGCGGGCCCGAAUCAAAAUCCAUCAUAAUAGAUGCCUUUGCUGGUGCCGGCGGCAAUGCCAUUGCUUUCGCCCUUUCUGGUCGCUUCAAACAAGUCUUCGCCAUUGAGAAAGACCCUGCAACCCUCGCCUGCGCACGACACAAUGCAGAAGUGUACGGCGUAGCAUCAAAGAUCUGGUGGAUUGAGGGCGAUUGCUUCGAAGUUCUUAAGAAGCGUCUAAAGUCGUUGGCCAAGGAUGCCAUCGUCUUCGCCAGUCCACCAUGGGGAGGUCCCCAAUACGUUGACGACAACGUUUUCGAUCUCAGCACAAUGCAACCUUACAACCUCAAGCACAUUUACGACAGAUUUUCAGCAUAUGUCCCAGAUUUCGUGCUCUUUUUACCUCGGAGCUCCGAUCUGAACCAGCUGGCGAAGUAUGCGCCUGCCGACAAAAAGCUAGAAGUCGUACACUACUGCACAAAUGGUUCUAGCAAGGCUCUCUGCGCCUACUUUGGUGAAUUCAAGUUUCAGUGA